CAUUCCAUAAAAUAAUGUACUAAAUAAGCCACAGCACACAAGUCACUUUACGCUAGCUCUAGUAUCUGCCACGAAAUGGUUUUGCUCGACAAUUCUAACUUUAUUCUGCGCCUGGAGAAAAUUGCCAAUGAAGCGAAAGACAAUUCUUCCUUCACGAUAACAUUUAAACGAUAUGAUGGGCAUGAUCGUCCUGUGCCGCGACCAGAAAAAAAACCUUUGCCCAAACCUGAAACAUACAUGUGCCUGAUGCGUGCCCAAUUCAAGUCCAAAAAGAUUUCCACUGUGGUUCGCCAGGGAGACGUUCCCACAAUGAUGGCGAUGUACUCCCAAUUUAUGAAGAGCAAAAUGGAUGGUCUUAAGCGUGUUAAGAAAGUGAAAAGCAAGGCCAAGGCAGCCAAGGCAUAAUCCAAUUGAGGCGACGGCGGCGUUAAAAUUAGUUAAAGCUUUUAGUUACCUACUAAUACCCGAUUGCGUUAACUUGUAAAUUAAAAUUUUUACGGUA